AUGCCAGAGGCCCACCUGGUCAGAGGUCCUUACACCCGUCAACCACAAGGAGGCGAGCUGGAAACCCCCAGUGACACCGAAGACACUGAUUUGUAUUCUAUGUCGGAAGGCGACACAUCCGAUGACAGCUUUAGACCUGUCCGGGGUGGACCCGGGAAAUCUGCACUCCAUGGACAGUUCCUGGAGAAUGGCCCACUCGGAAUGACUUUCUUGGGAACUCUUUACAAGAGGCGACACACACUUCUCAAGCAGUUUAACAUUAUCUACUUGGACCAGCCGGUAGGAGAGGGAUACAGCUUUGACAAACGCCGCAAAUACCCUUCAUCGCUCCAGGAGGUUUCCAUUCACCUCACGACGUUCAUGAGACGCUUCUUGAGGCUUUUUCACGAAUACAGAGGAAGGGACUUCUUCAUUGCGGGGGAAUCAUACGGAGCACGGUCAGCGGUUGGAAUGGCAAACAGGUUGUUGACCCAAACACCAGAAGAAUUGCCCCUGCGCUUCAAGGGAGUCAUGCUUGGUGUCCCGUUUCUAUUCCCGUUACUGCACAUAACCAACUCGGCUGACUUCCUCUACUGUAGUGGACUAUUGGAUGAGGACGGCCGCGAACUGUUUUCUGUCAGGUUUUUCAUGAUACAGAAACUAGUUUCAUUGAAACAGUACUUAAACGCUGCCGGACUUCUGAGCCAAACUGUUUUUGACUUGGGAUUCCAGGGCGAGCAAAGUUUAUUCUCAAAUCUGACCGGAUUCUUUGACCACGCGAGUAUAGUAAGCGCCCGAAAACGCAGAGAAGAUGCGGCGUACAACGUUUACGCAAACAGAUGGGAUUUCAAGCAGAGGAUCCACGUUAAUAACUCCAGAAUCCUAGACGGCACGAGGCAAGAGUUAGCGAAGCAGUUGGCGUUAAAUGAUCUUUUCGUGGACCAACGCGAUAUGUUUGCUGGUGUUCUCAACAGAACGUCCGUUCUUAUCUACACGGGCCAGCUGGAUGCGUUAUUUCCGGCCGUUAAAAUGUACGAGUCUUUCAAGAUGUUGCGAUGGCGUGGGUCCGAAUUGUUCAAAGAAGCUCGGCGCACGCCCUGGUACCGGAAUGACAAGCCUUCGCUGGGUCUGCUCGGCUAUUUGAAAAAGGUGGACUCGCUGAUGUAUGCCACGGUGUUAUUCGGUGGACAUCACAUAUCGCAAGAUUGUACGCCAGCUGUGAACGAACUGUACGAACGCUUUCUAAAAUUUGUAAAGUCUAGAGACGAGCCGCGACCUACCUCACAACAAAAGGUUUGGUGAAGUUGUA